AUCUUAUUCCACUUUUAUAUAUUAUACAUAUGCGCUAAAGGGAAGAGAAGGAAGCAAAAAGGAAUACUCAAUUUGUGCAGUCAUUUCCCGUGUGCGUUAAGGUGUUGUUAAUAGAUCGAUAUUGUACGAUUAGUUUCAUCGUAUACGCAACCUUAACAACAAUGAUGGUAAAUGCCGAGAGAGUAGCACAGCGUAUUGAUCUUGUUGGUAGUUCCUCUGGUUCCAUUGUUAGUGUAGCCACGUGGUGCGCCUUACACGCCCAUGACUUUGACACCAUUAUGGGUUGUAUUGGAGAUAAAUUAAAGGCUGAUUCUACAGCCGAUACUACGCGUGCCUCCCUUCUCUAUGUAUUGCACGAAGUUCUCCUCACGUGUGCGGCCCGCGGUGUCUCGCAAGGGGCGCAGCGCACCAUAUUGACUGCUAUUAGUAGAACGCUUCCGAAUUAUGUUGAUUCAGUCCUCCAGAAGUCGCAGGUGGAAGCCCAUGCAUCUUUUAUUGCAGCACUAGGAAAAGUUCUGGUGUGGUGGGACUCUUUGAAUAUGUUUCCACGUGCAUGGAUCCAUAACCUCCGUAAGAAGCAGCAACAAGCAGAGGCUCAGGUCCAGGCAUCCAGUGGCGUCAGUCUUGGUUCUGCCUCAAUGCUAGCUUCGCUGCAACGUGUGUUUCAUCUUAUGAGUCGCUAUGAGGAUGCUAAGCAGCAGUGGAAGAUGAGCCGACUUGUGACGAAGGAUACGGAUGAGGAUGGUUCCAGAGGUGUUGCCACGACUGGAGGUCAUGCGCGGCGGGCUCUCAUUGCUCUGCGCGAGGCGGUUGGAAACUACUCAGUGGAUGGGACUGCACUUUCGCAGUGGUGCGACCAACAAUGGCGGGAGUUGGAGGGUCAGGACACAGGGGACGCGAAGGCGGAAGACGCUAAUAGUCGAGUAAUGAAGACUGAAGUAAAGCCAGAGUCGAAUUUGAUGCACGAGGAAGACGUACUAGGCUCGUUUUACUAAAAAUCGGGUAUGACAGGAAAACAAACUGAAGACUAUUAAGUGGUGCAAAA